CGCAUGCGCACGGCGCGCGUCUCCUUCCGGGUCGGCGGGCCAAGGUGGCGCGGGAGGUUCCGGUGUCCUGGUGAGCCGCGGCGAGCGGCGCGGCCCCGGCUUUGCCGCCCCCGCCAUGGAGGCCGGGCAGGGCCCCGGCGGCAGGGAGGUCGGCGACCCGGCCGAGAAUUCAGUACCUAAGCCCUAUGUGCCAACAGAGGAGGAAAGACGACUCCUCAAGGAAUGUGGCGAAGAGAGUGCCCGCUAUAGAGCUUUUCCUUUGGCUGCAGUGAGCAUGCUUGCCACUAGUCUCUUAAUUAGGAAAGGUGUUCUAAGAGAUAAUUCAAGAUUUGGUUCUCUUACUAAAGUUGCAUUAGGUAACUUCAUGUUAUUUAUGAACCAUUUCAAUACUGGAAUUUUUCUGGGACUUGCUGGAACGUGUGGAUACCUGGCUGGAAAGAUAUCCUACUUGCCAAUCUGUAGUGAGAAAUUUAAGAAACUGAAAGAUUCCCCAAUAGGAGAUGUUCUACGACAAGCUCAGAGACAUAGUUCGCAUAACCGUUCUAGUCGGAAAUCUGAGUUUUCAGACAUACCUUCUCAGUCAUUUACUGAAUCUUCUUCUCAAAGACCUGGGUCUCCACUUUCUUCUAGCUAUUCAGAUGAUUACAGUUCAACAGAUAGAGCUCUCUCUAGUUAUGAACCUGUUCCAUUCAGUGCUUCCCUGAAUGAAUCUUCACCUACAGGAAUUACUGAUUACACUGUUCAAGAUCCUGCUCCAAUUCCAGAAGAAAACCGUAAAAAAAAGGGCAUCUCAUAUGAAGAAUUAAGAAAUAAACACAGAGAGACAUAUGAGGUAAUGUUACCACCAAAGGCAGAAACUCCAAGCAAGUUUUCACAGGAAAAGCCAGUUAAGGAAGUUAAAGUAAAUAAAUAUGGAGAUACCUGGGAUGAGUAAGAACUGAACAAAGAACUGAAGAAAAUCAUCUGUCAGCUAACUUGAGCUUCAUCUAUGUUAGUCCCAAAUAUCUGCACUUCUGGUGUGUUCUGCCAAACACAGUUACAGUUUUAAUAAAUGAGAAGAAAAUCCUGACUUGUUGGAAGAUUAAAAAAGAUGUAUUUAGGUUUAAUAUUGUGUAAUUUUGCAUAAGGGGGAAGCCAGGCUAAUGUGAAGUGUCAUGGUUUUAAACUGUUUGUGCUGUUGCUUAAGAAGAAUGAGAAGGGUAACUAGCAAUAACUAAUGUUAUAAUUGUAUAGAGAAAGAUAAAAUGUAUGUAAAUAAAUGCAACCAGAGAUGUACUAGGGAGGGAAAAUAUCAGAAUCUUCUCAAAUUUUCAAGGCUUGCAUUAAAAGUUACCUGUAGAACUAA